GUCACUUUUUUGUAACAAUUUUUUGCGGAAUGACCCUUCCAUAUAGACGUAUUUACGUCAAAAGAAAACAGCAAACAAAUCUUGUAAAAUGAUUGAUUGCCUACUGUACAGGCUCAAAGCUCAGAAAAGUGUUGAUUUAUCGAAGAUAUUCAGAAGUUGUCAGUUGGCAUUUCCAUACAAAAGGGUGCCACAACACUUUGGUAGUAUGCAAGGCCCAAAUCCAUUGUUUGAACAUACAUUGAAAGUUUAGAAUACAUUGCCAUAUACAGUGGCUAUUAAAUUUCUAUAUUGGUAAUAUCUAGGAGUUGUUGCUGUACAUAGAUUGGCCAAAAGGAAUACUAGGAUGAAGAAGUUUGCUCUGUGCGUACUGAAUAGUUCCAGAAAUUGGUCUUCAAGAUUUUUGCUGUCAUGUCUCUAAAGCCAUCAAGGCGAAGCUUGCAUGUUGUGCCAAAAGUCAAACUUGGAGAACUGCAGCCUCUUCCUGAACCUGCUGAAGAAAUGGCUGUUGAAGUGGAGGAAAUGCCAGUACCUUCCUAUCAGGAAAGUCAGCUGGAGACACAUGUGGCUGUCAACAUGCUGUCAGCACUCAGGCUGGAUGGGACAGCAAGUGGGAACUCAACACCAUCUCUGUCAAGGGAUGGAAGUUUUGAUGAUGUUUUUGGGUUUGAAUCAGCAGAUGAUGAUGACCAAGGAAGAUCGUGGCAGUUUUCAGGUGACACAGGGUCAUCAGGCUUUGGCAACAGUGUCACCAGCUUUAUGUCGUGGACUGAUGAUGUUGAAGUGGAGACAACACAAAAAGUUCAGGAUCUGGUUGAUGAGCUGGAGAGAUGUUUUUAUGGGGAGGAAUCUUUGGAUAAACUGAAGAAGGAAGUCUCAGCAGAAUGCGUUGAUUGGAGAAGCAAAUUUCCCCAUUACAGGGUAAGAGGAGUUGGAUUAGAGUUGAGUGCAUUCCAUCUGCAGAGACUGCAUGAGAAGACUUGUGUUCAUGAUAAAAAAAUGGCAAUCGAUGAGGCAGCUUGUGUGGUGCUAGAGGAUGAUGAAGAUAGUGAAGAUGAAGAAGAAGUAAUAGCAAGCCAUGGGUCAUACCAGGAGAAGCAGGAACUGAAUGAUCAGUGCAACAGGAACUGCAGUUCUAGUCCAGACACUACAGAAGGCAGUGUUAUGUUGUGCUAUGGUAGAGAUCUGUCUGCAGAGAGCUUGCAACAGAAAGUGAAGGACUCUGUUAUGGAGCAGCUGUUUUUGCAUGUGUGGUCUCAAGUUUCAAAAGGUUUGGAACCACUGUUGCAUCUUUACCCUGAUAGGACACAACAAAGACAUACUAAUCCUUCACCAAUGCAGGGACAAAGCGGAAUGAAUACUUUGAGACUUCCAGCCAUCGCUACAUCAUUCAGAUCAUUUACUCCUGUCUCAGAUAUUCAUAAUAUUGAACUUAAUGGCACACUACAUGUAUCUGCCAAAUCCAUGUGUUGUUCUGCAAGUAGCUCUUUGAUUUCUCCAGCUCUUGAAUCAAACCUUAAAGUCGGCCAUUGCCAAGGCUCUUUGCGACAUACUAGUGUACCUCCAGUUGUCAAUCUAGCCAAACCUCUGACUUUUCAUUCUGCAAACCAUGUUUUGGCCCCCAUACCAACACUGGAACCUCGAGGGUACCACAGUGCUGCUGAUAGACGAACACGUGCAACACUGAACAGGAGAUUUAGUAGUAUUACAUCAGGACAUGAAAGGUUCCUGAAGCCUCUGGAGGAACAGCAGACAAUGGCUGCAAAGGGGACUACAAACCCAAGGCAGGUCUCAGCUCCUGCUUCCCCACCCAGCUGGUCCAGGCAUGUCAUGCUACCACCCAUUAACGACUUGAAUCUUCCUUUGAAGUCGCAGGGUUUGAGCUCACUGUAUGAAUACAAGACCAAAAGCAUUGAAUUUUGCUCAAGGUCUAGAACAUCUGCAGAACAGAAGGGUCUUGAUUCAGUGUAUGAACCUAAGCUAAGGAACCCUGAAAUCAACCAAAGAUCCAUCAUGUCUGCUAAACAAAAGACAACACUUUCACCAAUUGAGUCAUCAGGUCCAAUUAGUAUCCAGGGAACUGGACUCUCAAAGAUUGACUUUACGAAACAGUUGCUGGAGAAGCAUGAAGACCCAAGUUUUGAGAAGAAGGAUGGCAAAAUGUCCUGUGCAAGAGACAGAAGAUGCAAGCAGAAGUUGAGAGGUAAUAGGCAUGUGAAUUGAAGUGUGUUUUCUGAUUGGCUGCCUGUUCAGUAGCUUUGUGUGUAAUGCUGUAAAAACCUUUGCAGAUUCCAUUUGCAUAAGACUGACUAGACGUGAUUUUGUGAAGUUUUCCUGUGAUGAACAGUGAUAAAACAAAGAAAAAGUAUACAUUUUAAUGUGCAAUUUGUAUUAAAUAAAUAUUUCACAUAUAAAAUGAUCAAGAUAAAUAAUAUUUAGUGUG